AGCACUUUGGUCGCCACGAUUGACAGUGGCACCGCGCGUAAUCCGUUCUCUCCUUCCUUUUGUUCUGCCAUCUUUCCUGUGGGCAAAUAGCCAGCCCCUUUCGUUUGCAUCCUCUUCUCUUAUAGGUCGGGAUGUUCUGACCAUUGAGAAGUACUACCACGGGAGGAAGUGGGUGAAAUCUAAUUCCACGUGGUCGUGUCUUGGAUGAUCUGGGGGACAUCAUGUUGCGCCGAGAAGCCCGUCAACGGCGAGAGUAUCUCUACCGUAAAGCCCAAGAGGAAAAGCUCCGGGCUGUCCAGGACAAGAAGGAAAAAAUCAAGAAAGCCCUAGAUGAGAACUGCCUGAUCCCCACGGAAUUGCGGAAGGAGGCUCUCGCGCUCCAGAAGGCGAUUGAGUUUGAUGACGAGGGCGGAGAAGGAGUGAUGAGCCACGUGGAUGAUGAGUACCGCUGGGCGGGUGUGGAGGAUCCUCGCAUCAUGGUCACCACCUCCCGUGACCCCAGCUCCCGUCUCAAGAUGUUUGCCAAAGAGGUCAAGCUAGUUUUCCCUGGGGCCCAGCGCAUGAACCGAGGCCGGCACGAGGUGGGCGCCCUGGUCCGCGCCUGCAAGGCCAAUGGGGUCACCGACCUGCUGGUGGUGCAUGAACACAGGGGGAUGCCCGAUGGGCUCAUUGUCAGCCACCUGCCCUUUGGCCCCACUGCCUACUUCACGCUCUGCAAUGUGGUCAUGCGCCACGACAUUCCGGACAUCGGCACCAUGUCGGAGGCUCACCCCCACCUCGUCUUCCACAACUUCACGUCCCGUCUCGGCCAGCGGGUCACCAGCAUCCUCAAAUACUUGUUUCCGGUGCCCAAAGAUGACAGCAAGCGUGUCAUCACCUUUGCCAACCAAGAGGAUUACAUCUCCUUCCGGCACCACGUCUACAAGAAGACCGAUCACCGGAACGUGGAGCUCACCGAGGUUGGGCCAAGGUUUGAGAUGAAGCUAUAUAUGAUCAAACUGGGAACCUUGGAGCAGGAGUCCACAGCUGAUGUGGAGUGGCGCUGGCACCCAUAUACUCGCACAGCCAAGAAGCGGAAGUUCCUCAGCACCGAGGAGCAUGGACUCUAAACAGCAUUUCUUUAUCCUGGGCCUUACCUCCUUCUCAUCAAGGAGUUGCCAUACGUUAGUUGUGUUUUGAGCUGUACACGAACUGGAUUCUUUGGGUUUGCUCUAUGCGCAUACAUUUUAUUUCCAUCUUUCCUAGGACUAAAACCUCCCUAAAUAGUCAAAGGGUCCCCACUAAUGGGAAGCUCUCUCCAUCCUUACACAAAGGUCUUGCUGUUUUGUCCAAGGUGGCAGUGGCUGUUGCAUGUCUCCCAUCUUACUGCUUUGUCUCCCCAUUUAGCUGGGGGUUUGAGAUGGUGCACAAAUUCUGGGCUAUAUUACAACUUUCAGAAUUGCCACCAGAGAAUGGAUAUCAAGGACAAUAUCAACAGCAGAGGGAACUUUGUUUUUAUAGCUGAUCAUAAGAAUGAAUGAAGACUGGAGGAUACAUUCAUUGGUCCUAUUAAGGAACAGGUAGGAUAGAACUGAUGGAAUCCUCUUCCUCUCCCUGCCCCAGGGGACCUUCUAGGCAAUGCUUCCUAGAAGUGUUUGAAAAAAAGAUGGUAUCUAACAUAAAGAUAGCAAAAUGGAUUAGCAGGGUCCUUUAAUCCCUUCUUCCUCUUCCCCCUUUGUUUCGUUAGGUGUAUCACUCAGUUCACAGGGAAUGCCUUCCCUUGGGUUGGAUCCCAGAGAUGGUGUCAUCCAGAAAGCAGAAGCUAUGGAAGGAAGUAGUUUUGGAGAGCAGGGAAGGGAGAACAGGUUAUUUAAAAAAAGAAAAUUCCACCCCACAACUCUGCUGAAGUAAAAUAUGUCCUUUCUAAGGCUUUAUCAGCCCAAGCCCACUCUGUGAUGCAUUUACAUGGGAUGGAGCAACUGUGUGUGUGUGUGUGUGUGUGUGUGUGAAAGGGCCCUUUCUACAACACUGACCUUUGCAGAUUUUUGAUACAAUAAAUCCUCCUGUUUUGUUCCA